AUGUCCAUAUUUCCUACACCUAAUGCAAGCAAUAGCCGCGAUGAAUCUGAACUUGUCCAAACCAUUGUUGAAGAUAUCUCGAAGUUUGAUUUAAAUCAGAUGCCAUUACUUGUUGCUGAAGAUGUAGUUGGAAUAAAUUCUCGCGUAGAGGAUGUUCUAAAAUCUUCAAAUAUUGAAUCAAAUGAUGAUAUUAGCAUUGUAGGGAUUUAUGGCCUUGGUGGAGUAGGCAAAACUACAAUUGCAAAAGCUAUUUAUGAUAGAAUUUCAUAUCGUUUCGAAGCAAAAAUUUUUCUGGAGAAUGUUAGAGAGAAUUCAAUAACAAAAGGCAUAAUCCACUUACAAGAGACACUUCUUUCUGAGAUCUCGAGGAGUAAGAAUUUGAAGGUGCAUAACAUAUAUAGUGGAACCAACAUGAUAAUUAAAAAUCUUUGCCGAAAGAGGGUUCUUAUCAUUCUUGAUGACGUGGAUAAUUUGGACCAGAUAAGAAAAUUGCUUGGAAAAUGUAAUUGGUGUUCUUCUGGAAGUAGAAUAAGUAUGACAACAAGGGAAAAAUGCUUGAUAGACACUAUUGGAAAUGGUGUCUCAACCUAUCAAGUUAAGGAAUUAGAUGAAAAUGAAUCUAUUGAACUCCUUAGCAAGCAUGCCUUUCGAAGCAACAAACCAAAUGAAGAUUAUUUGGAACUUGUGAACCAAGUUAUACACUAUGCUAAAGGCCUUCCACUAGCUCUAGUAGUAAUGGGCACUGAUUUGUAUGGAAGAACUAAACUUGAAUGGGAAAUUCUCUUAAAUAAGUAUAAAAAUAUUCUUAGUGGGGAUAUUCAAAAAAUACUACAAAUAAGUUAUGAUGGAUUAGACCAAACUGAAAAACAUAUUUUCCUUGAUAUUGCAUGUUUUUUCAAGGGAUACAGUUAUUAUGAGGUUGUAGAUAUACUAGACGCUUGUGAUUUAUACCUAGUACUUGGUAUUCAAAAACUUAUUGAUAAGUGUCUCUUGAAUGAAGGGAAAAUAUUGUGGAUGCAUGACUUGUUACAACAAAUGGGUAGGGAAAUUGUUCGACAAGAAUCAGAAGGAAACCCAGGACAACGUAGUAGACUAUGUAAUUAUGAGGAGGCUCUUGAUGUACUAACUGAAGACAUGGGAUCGGAUAAAAUUCGAGGCAUAAUGUUGCGGUCACCUGAAUCAAAAUCAACAAUGGUGCAAUUAGAGGCACAAAUAUUUCGUAAGAUGAAAAAUCUGAGAUUCCUAAUAAUUCAUAAUGUACAUUUCCUUGAGCAUGGAGGCCUUGAAUAUCUUUCCAAUGGAUUAAGAUUGCUUGAUUGGGAUACAUAUCCUUUUUCUUCAUUGCCAUCCAGUUUUUGUCCUAAAAAACUAGUUGUGCUCCGAAUGCCUCGUAACCGAAUAGAGGAACCAUUAAAGCAGAUUCGUGCACUUGAAUUCGUGACACUUAUGGACUUCAGAUGUUGUCCAUUCAUUAGGAAAACACCUGACUUAUCAAUGUGUCCAAACAUAAAGGAUUUGCUUCUUACUGGGUGUGAAAAUUUAGUUGAGAUUGAAAACUCCGUGGGGCGUUUUGAAAGGCUUUUAGUGGGGGAAGUAUAUGGGCUUCUCUUUGGCCUUCGGACCUAUCAGAGAAACUCGUACUUGAUGGCAAAUUCAUAUUUCCAAGGGAUGUGGAGAUUGAUAGACAGCCACUGUGCAAUUCUCUGGGAGGCUUUUCCAAAUAUGUUUUUCCAAGCUUGA